AAACAACAAUCAUCAGCCUUGGAAGAGGGAGGCGUGGCUUGUGACAGAAGGACGGUGGGUUUCUACGUUUCUAGUUAAUUUUCAAAUUAAUUGAUCAUUGAUCGUCACCAUCGCUGAAGCAGGAGUGCCGCACGUCCACCAAAAGCGAAUCAGCCAUCAUUGUAGAUAGGAGCAACCAUGACUUGAAAAGUCCACCUCAUAAUCGCUUUUCAAAUAAUUGGAAUGUCAUCUGCUUCAUCUUCAGACCGAGUGACUCCUUUAAUCUAUGAACUAGCCUGGGAGGAUGUGGUUUUCCCGAAUAUUUUGGCCUGCCUUUCCAUCAAGGACUGCUUCAACCUGCGCGCUUCGUCCAAAGAGUGCAGGUCCAUGGUGGACGAGUACUUCACCAAGAUUAGAAGAGUAAAUCUUUCACAGUACAAAUCUUUUACCCCGGCAGCUUUUAAGGUUUUGUCGACAAAAGUGAUUAACAUCCGGCAUUUAAAUUUGGCAAACUGCAAAUGGAUCACCGAUGAGCUUCUAGCGCCAGUGUUUGAAAACAACAAGCAUUUGACUUUCGUCAACCUGAGCAACAUCUGCACCGGUUUAACAGCAGCUGCCCUCCAACCUUUAAUUUUAAAUUGCAAGGAGCUGAAGAUAUUGAGACUUCAAAACUGCCAUUGGGUUACCCAUGGGAGCAUCGAGGCUCUGUCGUUUCAUCAAACCGAGCUUGAAGAGAUUGACUUGACAUCAUGUUCGGAACUAGGAGACAGAGCCGUCACAGCGCUGCUUGAAAAGUUUCGGAACCUGCGCAUUUUGUGCUUGUGCAACGUUAGCUUCAUCACUGACCAAACCUUGUUUGCUAUUGCAAGCUACAGCAAAAAAAUUCAGCACCUCAACCUGAGAGGAUGUUGGAGAAUCACCGACAUUGGAUUGAGAUCGGUUGGCGAAUACUGCGUCAAUUUGAAAUCGCUUAUGGUAAGGGAUUGCCGUAACGUUACUGAGUUCAGUUUACAGCCCCUACGCACAAAAGUUUUCAUAGACACGCAGCCGCAAGACGCUGUGUAUCUUCACCAAGGGUUUCCCGUCGGUGCCUGUCGUAUCAACAGAAUCAACAUGCAGAUUUAAUUAUUGAUUUUUUUAAUGGACAACCUCUGAAAAAUAGUUGGAAGCUCAAGUAGAGAUGUUUGCGAUUAUGUUGCUCAACUUAUUUUGAUUUGAGGCCCCAAGUAGUCAUUGGGUGUACGGUCAAAAGACAUGUUGCAAUAAUUUUGACAGAAAUAAUAAUAUUCAUUUACUUUGAUCUCAAUGUUAAUUUAUUUAUCAAAGUGAAAUAGUCAUUUUGUUGUAUGAAAACAUAAUUAUAUGUGUUAAGUGUCAUUUAUUUAAUGUCGUGAUCUAAGGAAAUGUGUUCCAAACUAAGUUUAGUUUACUGACAAUUCAUAGUUAUUUUACUUCUUUGUAAUAACAUGUUAUAUUUAUAUUCCUGUGCUGCGGUGUAAAUGACUGUUGUCACACAAAAGCUAUUGAAAUGUGACUCAAAAUGGAUAAAGGGUGAAAAUAUUUGCAUUGACAUUUUCAAUGCUACUAAAUUUUAUAAUGUUAAAUACCGAGAAAUUAAUAAAUGUUUUAUCUUAAUUAA